AUGUGGUUCCUGGUUCUGUGCUUUGCCCUGUCCCUGGCAGGGACUGGAGCCGCGCCCCCCAUCCAGUCCCGGAUCAUAGGAGGCUGGGACUGUGAGCAGAAUUCCCAACCCUGGCAGGCAGCUCUGUACCAUUACAGCAAGUUCCAGUGUGGGGGUGUCCUGGUGAACCCACAGUGGGUGCUCACAGCUGCCCACUGCAUAAACGACAAUUACCAGCUCUGGCUGGGUCGCCACAACCUGUUCGAGCAUGAAGACACAGCCCAGUUUGUCCAGGUCAGUCAUAGCUUCCCACACCCUGAAUUCAAGCUGAACCUCCUAAAGAACCAUACCCAGCUCCCCGGAGAGGACUAUAGCCAUGACCUCAUGCUGCUGCGCCUGGCAGAGCCCGCCCAGAUUACAGAUGCUGUGAGGGUCCUGGACCUGCCCACCCAGGAACCCCAGCUGGGGAGCACCUGCUAUGCCUCUGGCUGGGGCAGCAUUGAACCAGAUAAGUUCAUAUACCCAGACGAUCUCCAGUGUGUGGACCUCAAACUCCUCUCCAAUGAUGUAUGUGCCAAAGCCCACUCCCAGAAGGUGACAGAGUUCAUGCUGUGUGCUGGACACUUGGAGGGCGGCAAGGACACCUGUGCGGGUGACUCGGGGGGCCCACUGAUCUGCGAUGGUGUGCUUCACGGAAUCACGUCCUGGGGCCACAUCCCAUGUGGCAGCCCCAGUGUGCCCGCGGUCUACACCAAAGUGAUCUCGCACCUGGAGUGGAUCAAGGAGACCAUGACAGCCAAUUCCUGAAUGCCCCCACCAUGUUCUCUACCCCAGUAAAAUCGAAUACGCAUCCAAUUCGCAUCACAUUUCGUGUCCUCUGGCCCUCCAGACGCCGGGAACCUGGAAGCUGGGGAUCCACCCAGCCCAGUCUAGAAUCCUCUACCGCCCUCCCAGGCUCGCGGCAGGAGGCGUGCGCGAAUGAGCUAGGGAAAAGGAAGGAGCAGAAACAGGUGUAGACAAACUGGCAGAGAGAAGCUCAGACCCCCACGGGCAAGCAAGGCAGGCACUCGAUACCGGUUCACGCAUUUGGACCCGACCCUGCUCUAGGGGAAGAGGACGCAAGGGAGGGUCGGACUUAAAGGUUGUGAGGCGCCCACGUUUUAUUGUGUCGGAAACGUCAGUAAGGGGGGGCGGGUAGGAAAUGUUAUCACAAGCCACGCCUUUCGGGGGAGAGGCUGGUUCCCCAGCACCGCGU